UAAGGUUUGAAUUAAUACAGAAAAUAAGGCACAAGAGGGAUUUUGUGAGUGGGGGAAUAAAAAUUGAGCCGCAAGUUUUGAAUAAAGUGGAAAUAGGAGUGAAGAGGAAGGAGUUUAGCCCUGGAGGAAGCUAAAUCGGAUUACAUGAUUUGAUUUUUUGUUUCACCGAGUAGUGAAGUUUUUUAUUCUUCCCGAAGGGGCUGGUUGUUUUGUUAUGACUCAGUGGAGAGGGAGUCUAGUGCCUGUUGAUUUGGUUGAAAAGCUCUGCAGAGAUGAGGCUGCAUUCGGGGUUUCUUACUGUUGUUUCCAUUUUCUUUGUGGAGAGAGUCACGUGUCGAGUUUUACUGGGGAAUAAUGAGACGAUUGUCGCGGGGGGCAGGAGGAAAUUUACUAUUGAGGAGUUAGUUAAUGGACAGUUUCCACAUUCUAUUACGGGCGAUCUGGAUCUGGAUGUCUGUAAAGCAGGUGGAUUUUUAGGGGACAUUGCCCUGCCAAAUGUUCAAUAUGAAACGGAAUGGCGUCAGCAAAAGUUGAAUAAGAGUUAUUUGGAGGAACUCGAGAAAUACAGAGAUGAGGUGCUGAAGGAAGGUCUGCAGGUUGAAGAAGAAGGUUUAACAGAAAUUCUUCAGUUUAAAAGUGGCCAGGGUAGUGACGAUCCGGGUCAGGACGAGUUUUCAUCAUUGGAUAAGCCAGUGUCAGUGGUGGAGGACAGAAAUCAGUACAACAUGGGCGGUGAGCCAGAAGAAUCUGUGGAUAGGGUGGAGAAACAUCCGGAGAUCAAGGACGAUGGCAUUGAAUUUAGAUUGGAAGAGACGACGGAAGGCCCUAACAAAUCCCGUCUCACCAAUUUCAUAACCACGGGAAAACCCGAAUGGCAGCCACCGAGAAUCCAGGACUCAACAAGAAUCCCCAGAACGAGACACUCGCAUCACAGCCGCAGUGAAUUGACAACAAAAGAGCCAACGGAUUCGCUUGUCGAUAGAACAACGACUGACGUUAGCUCGAGAAAACGUCAGCGUCGGCACCAUCGCAGAAGAGUGACAAGAAGACGCCCCCAUCAGCGCCGCCUGAAAUCCCCGUUCCCGAGAGACUCAGCACCGCCAAAUGCAGACUCCGACAUAGUUUCGCUGCACGAUCGUCGUUUACGUGACAUUGAAUUCUACAAUGAGCACAAGUCGAAGUUGGAGACGCACCAGAGACAUGGGGCGACUCGCAGUGGGGCUCCCAGUCGACGAAGACGAGCGGCGACAGCGAGGAAGGAGAGGGUUUGGGAUCACGGGGUCAUCCCUUACGAAAUCGACGGCAAUUUUUCGGGCGCGCACAAAGCAUUGUUUAAACAGGCAAUGAGACACUGGGAAAACUUUACCUGCGUCAAAUUCGUGGAGAGAGUCAGCAGGGAACAUCCCAAUUACAUUGUAUUCACUGAACGUCCUUGUGGUUGCUGUUCGUUCGUCGGGAAGCGUGGCAACGGUCCCCAGGCGAUCAGUAUUGGCAAGAAUUGCGAUAAAUUUGGCAUAGUUGUCCACGAAUUGGGUCACGUUGUGGGUUUCUGGCACGAGCACACUCGUCCCGACCGCGAUCGUCACGUCCAAAUAAUCCGUGACAACAUUAUGACAGGUCAAGAAUACAAUUUCAAUAAAUUAACAAACGAGGAGGUGGACUCCCUCGGUCUGCCCUACGACUACGACUCGAUAAUGCAUUACGCCAAGAACACAUUCUCAAAGGGUACGUACUUGGACACGAUUCUCCCCAUGGAGAACAUCGGCAAGAAGAGGCCAGAGAUUGGACAAAGGAUUCGUCUUAGUGAGGGUGACAUUGCGCAGACCAACCUGCUGUACAAGUGCCACAAGUGCGGGAGAACUUUCCAAGAGAACAGCGGUAGUUUUGGCUCCCCAACGCAUCCCAACAGCUCACCACCUAUGGAGGAUGAGCGAUGCGAGUGGAGGAUUACCGCCACUCACGGAGAGCGGAUUGUGUUGAAUAUUACGUCGUUGGAUAUAUUCAAGAGUGACUACUGCAAGGUCGAUUAUAUAGAGAUUAGGGAUGGGUAUUGGUACAAGAGUCCAGUAUUAGGUCGUUUUUGCGGAAGUGGAAAGAUUCACGAGCCAAUAGUAUCAACCGGAAGUCGUAUGUUGGUAACAUACGUUAAGACAAGUCAGGAGCGCGGUUACCGUGGUUUUACAGCAAAUUACGAGGCUGUGUGUGGCGGAGACGUUGAGCUGGAUGGCAUUGGCCAUCUGGAAUCGCCCAACUAUCCCGAGGAGUAUCAAUCAAGCAAGGAGUGUGUCUGGCGACUGACAGUGCCCGACGAGUAUCAGGUGGCACUGAAGUUCCAAUCAUUUGAAAUUGAAAACCAUGACAAUUGUGUUUAUGACUAUGUCGAAGUCAGGGACGGACACAAUUCCGAUUCACCGUUGAUUGGCCUUUACUGCGGAUACAAAGCGCCACCGGAUUUACGAUCUACUGGGAACAAACUUUUUGUCAAGUUUGUUAGUGAUGGGUCGGUGCAGAAGGCUGGAUUCUCUGCUACUGUUAUGAAAGAAUAUGAUGAGUGUGCUUUAACUGAUCAUGGCUGUGAGCACGAUUGCAUAAAUACCUUGGGGGGUUACGAAUGUUCGUGUAAAAUUGGAUAUGAGUUGCACUCCGAUGGAAAACACUGCGAAGAUGCCUGUGGAGGGGUUUUCGAUGCCAGCAACGGUACAAUCACUAGUCCUUCGUUCCCAGAAACAUAUCCGGGAAAUAAAAAUUGUAUCUGGGAAAUAGUGGCACCACCGCAGUAUCGAAUUACACUCAAUUUCACUCAUUUUGAUCUUGAGGGCAACAAGGUUUAUCAUCAGGAGUGUGAAUAUGAUUCUGUAGAGGUUUUUAGCAAAUUAGGGGAUGAUAUUCUGAAGAAACACGGGGUUUUUUGCGGAUCGAAGAUACCUAUGCCGGUGAUUUCGGAGGGAAAUGCUAUGAGAAUUGUCUUCACUUCUGAUAAAGACAUCCAAAAAUCGGGAUUCGCAGCGGUAUUUUUCACUGACAUGGACGAAUGUGCAAUAAACAAUGGUGGCUGUCAACACGAGUGUCACAACACGAUCGGUUCCUACGAAUGUUCCUGUCACAAUGGCUUCAAACUCCACGAGAACCGCCACGAUUGCAAAGAGGGUGGCUGUAAGUACGAGAUAACGAGCCCAGUUGGAACCAUAAUGUCACCAAAUUAUCCAGACUACUAUCCAGCACGUAAGGACUGCGUUUGGCAUUUCACAACGACCCCGGGCCACCGUAUAAAGCUCAUUUUCAAAGUAUUCGAAAUGGAGCCCCAUCAAGAGUGCGCUUACGACCACAUCGCCAUUUACGACGGGGAUUCACCAGACAGUCACACGCUCGGAAGAUUCUGCGGCACUAAAGAGCCUCAUCCGAUGAUUGCCACUGGAAAUCAAAUGUUUAUGGUCUUCAAGAGUGAUGCAUCUGUACAGAGAAAAGGAUUUUUAGCUACUCACACAACUGCUUGCGGAGGACACUUGAUGGCCGGAGACACUCCGAAACACAUUUACUCUCAUGCGAGAUACGGCAGUCAUAAUUACGACCACCGAACUGACUGCGAUUGGACCAUCGAAGCUCCCCUCGGGAAGAAUGUGCAUUUGACAUUCCUGUCCUUCCAACUGGAGUACGAGGAGGAUUGUACUUAUGAUUUCGUGGAGGUUUAUUCGGGGCUGGACGCCUCCAGCCCAAGUUACGGAAAAUUCUGCGACUCGAACAUCACAGAUAUCGUAUCAAUGAACGAAGCUCUCCUGAUUCGUUUUCGAACAGACGACACAGUAUCAAACAAGGGUUUCUCAGCCGCGUUUGUAGCUGUUGAUCGUCAAGACAGUGAAGAGAAUCUCGGUGGGAUUGACGAAGAGGAUAAUCUCUGAUCGUUGAAUGGGCUCGGGAAUUUUCUCGAGCCCCAGGAGAGGACGACACCUCCCCCGAGACAGUUUGAGCCACCGCCGAAUCGUCGGCCUAUUUUCCCCAGCUAUCCAGUCGUCAAAAAGCCACACAGACUCGAUUUACCUGGGAGAUCUCGUCGUGGAAGGUACAAUGGUGCAUCAGCAACCAUGAUUGGCGAUAAUUAUCGGCCCCGUUACAAGCGAAAACGAAAUCGCUCGUACCUCAAUUAAUGACAAUUUAAUCGGUUUUUUUUUCUUCGUGAAUGAUUGCAGGAUAAUAAUCAACAAUGAUCGUGCCAUGUAAGUUAAGUAGACGUAUAUUUGUGGAGAUAUUUUAGAAAUACAAUAAUUGUAGCGAUUUAUUGAUGAUGAUGAUGAUGAUGAUGAUGAUGAUUAACGUGACACUAAAGUGAAGAAAUAAUUUUAAUCACUGCCUCAAGCGCGUUGAUCACUCGAAAUUCUGUCUUAAGGAGGAUUCAAUUGUGAAAUGCAUUUCUUUCGAGUUUUAGGGAUUUUUAUGGAUAUAUAGGUAUUUACGAAAUACUGAAGGAUGUUUCGGAAUAAUAAUCAAUUGCAGUUAUUGCAAUGUUACUUUAUUCUACUUGACUUCAGGAAUUACUCGAUAUCGGAGUACAGAAGAUGAGUCGAACGGAUUGAUAGGAAUUAUUGUGAAAAUAUAGCUCAACGUCCUCAUAUCAAAGAAUGGGUUUAUCAUGGAAGUACUCCUUAAUGAGACAUUUCAAGAGAAAUUGAGUGAAGAACUUUUUUUGAUUCAACAAAUUUUCUAUAGAAGACAUGAUUCUAUUAACUACAAACGUAGAAUAGCUAUAUUGAUUUAGACAUAUUCGCGGGAUGGUCCGUAUGAAAUUAUUAGUCAAACGUAACACUUAAAAACCUGGCGAAUUCACUAGAAAAUUCAGUUGGAUUUCUUUUGAAUUUUUUAGUAGUUUUUGGGCGAUUCUAUUGGAGAAACGUGCAAUGGAAAAUAUUCCGUAGAAAACAUCAAUAGGAUUCUAUUUUUUUAAUACAACUCACUCUAUUGUCCUUUGAUGUACAAUCGAUUCGAGUGAUGAGUGAUUUUUUCGAAUGCACAAAACUCAGAAUCUGAUUCUUUUCCAUCCAAUCUAGUUUUAUAUCGAGUUAUAAUCUAAGUAAAAACUAUCAGAUAUAUGCACAUAAUUCCUUGAUUAUUACUAUAUCUUUAUCUUUUUUUUUGCUUAUGCAUUUUCGUCUUUUUCUUCAUAUCAAUAAAAUCAACUCACUCUAUUGUGAUAUUUUCUACAGGAAUUCCUCGGUUCAAAUUGUUCAAUUUUUUUUGUUUUAUUUUUGUAAUGAAGUGAAAGGAAAAAUGGAGAGGAAAAAACUUGGAAAAUUCAUGUCGAAGAAUUCCUAUAUAAAAUGUCUCAGUAGGAAAACUCGUACAGAAAGAUGAAAUUCUGCUGAUUGUUUCUAUAAAAUACUUUGUAUUGAACAUUUUCUAUUCAGAAAAAACACUCAGUGAAGCUGUGUAAUUUUGCAAUUGAAAUCCAAUCGAAUUUUCUAUUAAAUUCGCUAAGUUUUUCUAUGGAAUUGUUUCGUGCGUGAAAAAUUUUAUAUUUGCAAUAUAAACUACCAAUCCAAUUUGCACAUGUUCUCCACUACUUCAUUGAUAAAAUAAAGUUCGUGAACUACGUCUCAACUUAAUUUCUACUUCGAAAAAUAUAAAGUGUUUCGUAGUACGUAAUUGUAAAUAGAUAGACAAUGAAAAUGUAGAUUACUAGAUAAUUGUCAUCGUGAUGUUUUAUAAUGUUCAACGUUCGUGAUAAGAUCAAUUAUAAAAAUAAAAUUUGGAAUCACUUCAAACAAUUACGUAGAGUUAAUUGGCGCAUGUUUGUAGAGUAGUAGCCAAUCGAGGCUAUUUCAGGAUAAUAAAAUUACAAAGCAAAUGUAUACAAAUUAAAUGUAAUGUCGGUCUUGUUGGGACCCCCCUUCGUCGUCUCUAGUAACUAUUUUGUAGAAAAGGAAAUAUACAAAGAAUUCAGAAAAAAAGUCUUGCAUUCGUUUUUUCGUUUUUUAUUCAUUCCCAGUUGAUUAUACAUUACAUUUUUUCUUUUAACGUUAAAAAAAAUUCUCUUGAUGGAUUAUUAGUCUACGAUAUGGAGACGUUACAGACUUAUCACAGGGUAAACACAGUCGCAGUAACGACGAAUAUAUCAAUAAUUGAAUGAACAAUAAAGAAGAAAACAUUUUGAUCGUGCAAACAAUCCUUUACAGUCAUUUCUGCAGGAGAAUGAGAUAAUUCAUGAACUUUUAGGCAGACUAUUUUGAAGCUAUUUCAAAAACUAUUGAGUUCAUAAAAAAAUCAUAAAAUUUUCUACAUAAAACAUCUUUUAAAAACUUUUUCUUUUCCAAGAUAAUUUAAGAAUAAUCAAAACUUUUGAUCACAUUCUUUCUCACUUCACAAUACUGUGAAGUAAACAAUCCGCCAUUUCACAUUAAAAAACUAAUUUUCGUCGAUUUUUUACUCUUCACAAAUUCAUGAAUGGCUAUCUCGUCUCAAACUCAUUCAAUUAUUGAUUGUAAAAUGAAAUAAAACGAUGAAAUAAAAAUUCUUUUUGUUUUUCCUCAUCUCACCAUUAUAUAGAUCUGAAUAAAAUACAACGUUUCUUAGAUCUAGAUACAAUCGAUAUACAUGCACAUAAUAUAAUAUAUGCUAUAUCUGUAAAUAUAAAAAAGAAUAAAAGUGCCAAGUUGUACUAGAAUAGAAAGUACGUUCACGAGGCAGUGAAGCUGUAUAAAUUCAUCCAGUCAUUGAUUCAACUCCCCGAGGGGAAUGGAAAAAUCUGGGACAAAGUCAUCAGCCCAUUGAUACGACAAUUAAAAUCGAGUUCAGAACCUCCCCAUUUAUUCGAUCGAUUUUUAUGUACACUGUUUUAGCUGUUCUCCUUUAAGAAUAAAAUUGACUCCGAGGAAUCGAACCAGCUCUCUCCCCUGCCCUCUAUUUUACGUAUAUACAAUGAAAGAUCUCUUCAUUCAGAUAAACGAUAAACUAUAAAAGUCU